GGUCAUCGUAUUUUUUUUGAGACGUUUAUAACCGGUUUUCGCCUUCGAUGAAUGGUUGUUGCAGCGUCACUUUGGCAGCAUUUGUUUCCGAGUGAGGACGUCUUCGUUUUUAAGGCGUCGGGAGUGGAUAAAAAUCUUCAGUUACGGUUGUGACUCCGAAGUGGAAGAUGGUGAGGCCAAGUUACACAAUGAAGCUGAGGAUACUUCUUCUGGCCGCCUUGAUGGCAACACUGACGAAGGCGCAGCAGCAGAAGGCCACAACACUCACAGAGCCCUCGGUGGAGGUGCGUCUCCGGCAGGGCGUGAUCUCAGGGGACCUCUCAGAGGCCGGGAACGGGAGGGUCUUCUACAGCUUCAAGACCAUUCCUUUCGCAGAACCUCCUGUCGGGGACCUAAGGUUUAGGGACCCUGUUCCUGCGGGGCCAUGGGCAGGAGUCAGAAACGGGUCCAUCGCCACACCGAAAUGCGCACAGCUGAGUAAUAAUUCUACUGUUCAGGGAGUAGAAGACUGUCUCUACCUCUCCGUCUACACGCCCCGGCCCUACGCGUCAGACUUGCCUGUCAUGGUGUGGAUUCACGGUGGAGGAUUCACGAACGGUCAGGGAGAGAGCUUCGGACCCCUUCCUCUCCUGACGAAGGAUGUGGUCCUCGUGGUCAUGCAGUAUCGCCUGGGCACUCUGGGAUUCUUAUCGACUGAGGACAGUGUGCUGCCUGGCAACCUAGGACUCAAGGACCAAAGGUUGGCUCUCCUGUGGGUGCAAGACAACAUCCGUGACCUUGGCGGCAACCCGGGCCAGGUCACCCUCUUCGGGGAGAGCGCCGGGGCAGGAGCAGUGCAUUUCCACGUCCUGUCGCCCAUGUCUUCGGGACUGUUCUGCCGAGCUAUCCUGCAGUCGGGAACGUCGUUGUGUCCGUGGGCUAUGGCGGAAAACCACAGAGAGGUCGCCGAUAAGAUUGGUCAGAUGAUGAACUGUUCACGUCCGUAUGAUCAGCAGACGAUCAGCAGCUCAGGCCUUGUCGCUUGUUUGAGGAAUGCCCCUUAUCAAGACUUAAUUGCAGCCCAGAAGGAGUUCGUUAUCUUUAACGAGUCUCCUCAAGUAAUGUUACCACGCGUUGACGGCCAUUUUCUCCCCGACUACCCCGCCAUUUUGUUGAGAAAGGGAUGGUACAACAAGGUGGACAUUAUAUCUGGGGUUACGCAAGAUGAGGGCGCCGUGCUUGGCCUGAUUUUCUCCCUGGACAACGCCACGGCAGACAACCUCGUUCGGAACUUCUCUGUCAACGGCCCUGUUUCGUUGAUGUUCGGGGACUCGGAAGACGACCCCGGGUACUUGGCACGACGGGCCUUCCACCACUACCUGGGGCCCAUUGAACAGCCGGCGGAGAAGCGGGAUCCUAUUAUCAGGCUUUUCAGUGACAGAAUGUUCGACAUGUGCCACCUGGACGCAGUCGGGCAACACCUCCGAACAUCUCAUCAGAACGUGUUUACGUACCGACUGCAGCAUGACGGAGAAUACCAGUUUGUUUUUGGCCUCUUCAAUACUACUCCGGAAUGGUACAAAGGCUAUGUCGGUCACGCAGAUGACAUUUUAUACCUGUUCAGUCAAGAGAAAUUCAAUCAAACGUUGAAGAGGGACGAGGACCUCUUCGUCAGCCGCAUCAUGGUGGAGAUGUGGACGAACUUUGCCUCCUUCGGACACCCGACACCCGACAUGUCCCUCGGGUUCAAGUGGAAGCCGACGUCUUUCCCGAAAGACUCCUACUUAGCCAUCACUUCCUCGCCUUCCAUGAAAACCUUCGAAGACUGCGAGACCCGUGAAUUCUGGAAGAACAUGCCGACCAAGAAUAACAAAAUGCUGUACCCUGAGCGUUUCUACAAGUGUCACUUACCUGGCUGCAUUGACAUGUUUCAACAAUAAAUUUAUCAGAUGGCACUUCACUGACACCCAGUUGUCACUGCCAAUUGUGCCAAAGGAACCUGUUGAUAUAACCUUAAUAGAUAUUUAGCUGAUAGUAUGUCUGUGACUUGCAGUAUAUUAAUUUCUAUUUGAUGAUUGUGAUUGUCUAAUAACAGCAACGCAAUUAUUUUCACUUUUGUUGUGGUUUUGCAAUUUAUUAUCAGAAUUUUCUGUUUUUCUGUGCUAAAUUAUGUUCUCCACAUUGUUACAAAUAAUUGUUUUUCUUUUAAACUUUCUGUCACAAUUUAUGUAACAUCUCAGUUAAUCUGUAACUCUGCUUUUGUUAACAUAUAUGUACACGAUGAAUAAAGUACCUAUUACA